AUGGUCGCUGCUAUUCCCUUCGUCCUCGCCGCCGGCGGUCUUCUUGGCCUUGCCCAGGCCAAGCCUUGCGGUGGCCACCACUCCCAUCGCCCCAGCUCCCAAGUUGUCGCUCCCACCAACACCAUUGUCGGCACUCCCACCAGCCGCCCUGUGGUUUCUGCUUCCAGCUCCCUGGCCCCCUCGGCCAGCUCCGUCGCUGUCUCCUCUGCCGUCUCCUCUCCCGCCAGCUCUCCUGCCGCCAGCUCCAGCAGUGCAUCUUCCACCACCAGCGCCUCUGGACCUGCGCCUACCGAGUACAAGAACUACAAGGGAGACGGCACCGUCGCCCAGGGCUGGCCCGAUAUCACUGAGUGGGCGGAUUUCGAGACCCUCUGGACUCGCAACAUUGCUCUCAACGAGGGUGCUUGCAACGGCCUGUCUAUUGCUCCUAACAGCGAUGCCGAGAACGCGGUUCUCAAGUCUUCCAUCAAGUCGGGCGCCGCCCAGGCCAACCUCGACGAGCGUUUCCUCCUCGCCGCCGUCUUCCAGGAGUCUGCCGGAUGCGUCCGCGUCAAGACCUCCACCUCUCCCAAUGAGAAGAUCCGCAACCCCGGUCUGCUGCAGUGCUUCAACGGCAGCUUCACCUGCAACGACCCCGACGCUGGUGUCGCGAUUCUUGAGCCUUGUCCUGAUGAGCAGAUCAUCGGUAUGAUUACAGAUGGUCUCGGUAUCACCACCUCCGACGGAUUCAUGCAGUGCGUCAACGAGAAGGCCGGCGCCUCCGACGUCAGCAAGUACUACAAGGGGGCUCUGUACUACAACUCCGGUGUCAUGCCCGAGAGCGGAAACUUGGGCAAGGGACGAGCCAACGCUUGCUACUCCAGCGAUAUCGCCAACCGUGUCAUGGGAUGGUCCGGAAACAGGUCUCCUUGCAACAAGACCACCAUUGGUGAUCUGUAA